GAAGUUACUCGGUCAAUAACGUAUAAAUACAGCCCGCUUCAACCCAGGAAACAUCACAACUGCUCUGGAAUCCGACCAGCGAGCAAGUCAAUAUUUGGAGUUUGUAGUUCACCUUAAAAUAUACACUUGUGUCAAUUUACUAUUGGCAAGCUACCGUUGCUCUGAACCACUUAGGCGCUAAAAUUAGUCUCAAAAGUUUGAUCAAGUCAUUGAAAGUUUUGCACCAGAAAAUAUAACAACUAUGAACGCAAUAAGCUCGUGGGCAAGAUUUUUGCCUGUGAUGUCCCUUCUAGUUUUGGUAUUAUUGUGCCGUUCGGCGGUGGAGGGAAGGGCACUUGAUCUUAAGAAAUCAGCUCCUGGCCGGGUGAACGUUGACGAGACAGAUGAGGCUGUGUCUAGUGUAGUCACGCUACUUGCUGGCCUCAAACAACCGAGCAAUCUGGCAACUUGUGGCAUGCGACCCACGUAUCAGAAGCAAGCAGUCUUCCGUGUGGUGGCUGGAGUAGAGUCUAGCAAUCGCUGGCCGUGGCAGGUCGCGCUGGUCGAUACGACGUCCAAGCAGCCGUUCUGUGGAGGCACGCUGAUUGGUCGAGAGCACGUCGUCACGGCGGCACACUGCUUCGAUGGAAAGAACCAGAAUGACAUCAACAUAGUCCUGGGCGAGCACGACCGGUCGAGACCGGAGGGUACAGAGCAGCAAUUCCCGGUCGACUGCGUCCACAUCCACCGCCGAUACGUCAAGGGAAUCCCGUACAACAACGACAUCGCCGUGGUCAAACUCAAGACAGCUCCGGGCCACGAUGUCAUGCUUAACGACUUUGUCAUGCCCGCCUGUAUGCCAGAGAAGAAUGAGUUUAAAGCGGGAGAUACGUGCUACGUCACUGGGUGGGGCUACACAAAUUUCAACGACCUUUUAGUCGGCAAGAGGCCUGAAGUGUUGAACGAAGCCCAAGUCCCGAUCUUGAGCAACGACCAGUGCAAGCAAGCCUACGGCAGUUACAUCUCCAAAAAGAUGAUCUGCGCGGGCUACCUGGAAGGGGAUCGGCGAGCAGACACCUGCAAGGGGGACAGCGGUGGGCCGUUGAUUUGCCAGAGGGGUGGAGUGUGGAAACUUUUCGGGGUGACUUCGUGGGGGGAUAACACGUUCUGCAACCCCUCGCCUACCGACGCUGUGCCGGGGGUAUAUACGAGAGUUGAUCGGUACAGAAGCUGGAUUCAGAGUAGAAUUGAGAUGGACAGUUGUCCUUCCAAAAGAUGAUUGAAAAGUAUUUUUUAAAAUACUCAUUUUGUAGGAUGACAUUUACUCGGGUUAACUUAUUUAUUAUUCAGUAGCUAUUUAUGGUUCCUUUAAGGAAAGAAUAUUUAUCACAUUCAUAGUUGUUUUAAACAAAUCAGGCCGAAGUGUUUAACUUAUUUAUUAA